GCUUUCUCAAUGACACGUAUGAAAGUUUAGAAAACAGCCUAUUCAUAGCCAUUUUCCGUCUGGAACAGAGCUAGCCUGAAAAGCAGUUGAGGAAGAAAAUGCUCCCACAGAGGGUAUAGAAAAAUAAACAGACGGGUCAUUGUGCGCUUAGCAAAUACAUUUACAUGGCACAUAGUCUUUACUCGAGAGGAGAAAUAAAUGGGGAAAGGAAUCUGUUCGAGACGGCAGAGAAGGUUUUUUCAGUCUUUUUUACUUCUGCUCUUCAUCUGCGGGACAGUGUGUGCUUUGAUGAUCUCGUAUGAGAUGCACAGAGAGCUGAAAAAGACGGAGGCGACGGCUUUACAGUACCAGCAGCAUCAGGAGUCACUGUCUGCACAGCUGCAAGUGGUUUACGAGCAUCAUUCUAAACUGGAGAAAUCACUUCAGAAAGAGAGACUUGAGCAUAAGAAGGCUGAAGAGGAUUUCCUUGUGUUUAAGAGGGAAUCGCAAAAGGCUCUCAACAAAGAGAAGCAAGAUUCCACCAGUCGACUGAAUGUUAUGCAGACGCAGCACCAAAUACUGAAGGCCCAGCAUGAAGACUUAAAGAUGCAAUAUUAUGAACUUCAGAAGAAGAACCAGAAUCAAGGAGAGAACCAUGAGCGUAUUCUGGAUGAGCACAGACAGGAACUAGAUCACCUGCAGAGAGAGAAAGAAAAUGAAAUAUCAAGACUAAAAGAGAACGCGUACAACCUUCAAGUGGAGAACAAACAACUGAGGAAAGCUCAUCAAGACAUCUACACACAGUUGCUCGAUGUGCGGGAACAGCACAUAAACCUGAAGGCUUCCAAAGAUCAUCUAACGCUCACUUUAGAAGACCAUAAAACUGCACUUGUUGCAGCGCAGGUGGAAGGAUUGGAGGAAAAGGGAAAAGCGUUCUCCCCUCAAGGUGUGUCGGAAAUUGAAAAUAACAAUGAGACCAAAGUGGCAGUGAAGCAGCCUCAUCAAAUUGAUAUUUUUGCAGAGGGAAGAGGAAAUAAAGAGGAAAAGAGUAGAUCAAAGGAGAGAGAAGGAGAGGAUGAGAGUAAAAAGGCAGUGCUGGAACAUUCCUUAUCAAACCCAGAAGAGCUGGGCAUUAACCAUCACAACACGCUAAGCCAAACCCUGGAGAAACAGAUACAGACGGAGUCACUCCACACUACAGAAGGACAUUUUCUGGCUUCACAUCCAAUUAUUACUGUUGGGAACGCCGUAAUCGCACAUCACGUUACAGCUGGACAAGAAGAUGCCAAAGAGCACACUCAACUUCGUGACAUGAACUUUGAAAUAAACCUGAACAUGAAUGAGGCCAAAAAUCUGAAUGGGGAUGAAUUCAAAGAAGCAAAAGGCACACAGUACAAGAGCAAUAUGAACAAGGACAGGCCUGAAGAGGACGAGCAGCUUGUGGUGGCAGGGAGUCCAGAGCAGGAGGACCAGCCUGAUGAACAAUAUGACGAUGAGAAUGUUGAUGACUCGGUGCAUAACCGAGAGAAGAGAGCAGGUGAGGAGGACAAUGGAGAAAAUCUCUACAGCGAGCAUGAUGAAACAGAGGGCCAUAAUAGCCUGAUCAUAAACAGAAGCAGAAACUGAUGCUGGUUGGAAAGAGAGCUCCCCCAAAAGUGAUAUAAUAGGAUGAAGAACAAGGAAACCAGUCCUGAGAUGUGAAGAGGAUCUGUAUCUAGUGUCUUAUUUUUGACUUUCAGUAAACAUACUAAAUAUACUGACUUUAAAACAUCAAAACACCCUAUGCUGGAUCACCCUAUUUAAAAUCAAGUGUUUUUUGCAACAGGAAAUAAAGUGCACCAACUGUAAUAACUUACUUUUAAGAAGUGACUACUAAUGCACAUCUAAUGAUGUAGUAAGGUUUUGUUGAAUUGUCAAAACCUCAAUGCAUUCUUACUAUAGGGCAAUAUGACUGGCAUUUUAUUAAAUGAAUUAUACUGUAAGCAAUUAUUUUUUAUUACAAUAUCCGUCAUUUCUGUCUUUGCGAAAUCUAUUGAUAAUAAUUUUCA